AUGGGCAACUCCAACACCAGACUUACGCCGGGCAAGAAGCGUCCUGGCAGAGACACCGAUGCCGGUUCGCAGCGCAAGAAGAUGCGUUACCCGUUAGAGAGUGCUUUCACGUACAAGUCGGCCCCAGUCACCGUCAUCGUGGGCGAAGAGCAAACAGCCUACUUCGUUCACGAGUCGCACAUCACCCCGCAGUCUGAUUUCUUCAAGAACGCGCUGAAGGGUGAGUGGGAGGAGAAGACAACCAGGACCGUCAGACUACCUGACUGCGACUCGACCAGCUUCAACAUCUAUCUCAACUGGCUUUACACCGGGCGCGUCUGUAUCACGCAAGAGGGCGACGAGAAAGAAGUCAUAGACGAUGAUGUCCAAACCAUCGACUAUGAAUGGGAAAAUUGGGUGAUGUGCUUCAAGAUUGGAGAUUUCCUGCAAGACUCCGAUUUCAAGGACGCUAUGAUAGACGCCGCCAUCGAAAAGCUAAUAUCCGAAAAUAUCGACUACGUUGAAAUCCCAGUGGGCGUUUACACCUUCUCUCAGCCUACCUCGCGCAACAGAAGGCUGGCUGUUGAUCUGGCUCUCAACGUAUGGGAGGAAUUCAGAUUCCAAUACGUUACCAACAGAAACUAUCCUCCAGAGUUUCUGACAGACUUGAUCACCGCCAUGGGAGGCAAACUUCGGGCUGGAUCUCACAUGACGAGAACCAAUGACUUCCUCCGCGACAUCGAUACUUGCGAGUACCAUGAGCAUACUACCAUCGGAACUCCUUGCUGCAAGACGAAGCGCGGCAUCUAG